AGCAAGAGAGAGAAGAGAGAACGAGGAACUGAGAGGGCCAGAGAGCGAAAGUCCUCCAAAUUCUCAAAGGAGGUAGAGAACGCUUUCUUGUGUGCGUGCCAAUGCUUUUUGGGGACCUUCCUUUUGGAGAUGGACGGCCUCCUUCUCCACUUCUCUUGGUUUUCCUCCUCCACCUCCUGAGGAUCUCUUGAUCCCCUACCAGAUGCAUCAGGACUUCCCAGGAGGGCUUUCCCAUAGCUGGAAAUGAUCUCCGUCAGAUGACUCUGGCUUUUGGGGGGGGGACCCUUCUGCCGAGCCAUGGAGAUCAGUCUAUUGGGACUUCUUCUCUGGUGCUUCCAUCUGGAACUCCUCUGGGCAGCCGGGAUCCUUCAACAUCGCAUUGCUCCAUCCAAGGCCAGGACACCCAAAACGAAGGAAGGGAUGCCUCCCUCCUCAUCUUCUCUGGCCUCACCUUCCACCUGGGUGCCCACUCCGAACAUGGAUAAGUCGGAUCCUGAGGGAUCAGAGGCAGCAAUGACUUUCCUAUACUCUGGGGACACAUCGCGUCUCUCACAAGCCAACUGUUCUCAGAGAUUUGAGGUGAGGGAUGUGGGGAAGUCCUCUAGCCCUCCUCUGGCCUUGCGUUCUUCUUUGCGCAGUGCUAUCGAAACCCUAGCCCAUGCCACCAAUUUCCUCAACAUGGUCUUCCAGACCAAUGACAUCCGUGAGUCGAGCGUGAAAGAAGAUGUGGAAUGGUACCAUGCUUUGGUCCGGAGCAUCAUGGAAGGAGAUUCCCAAGUGUACCGAGCCAUGCUGACCUUCGAUGCUCACCCGGUGUCUUCCAAGCCGCAGCUGAUGCUCCAGGCCACCAAGGAGAACAAUGAGAUAUUUCUCCAGGAUCUCUCUGCCUAUGCUGAAAGCCUGAGGAACCUGACUUGGGAAAAUGAGUGGUACAACUUCUUCCGGUUUCAGAAGGCCCCGACUCUCUUCAAGCGAAUCCUCAGCAACGAUCUCAAGACCCUGGAUACUCCCAAAUGGAGCCGGGGAGAUAGCUAUGUGAUGGAUACAGACCAUAUCAAGUGGUCAGCACCUUUCCUGGAAUGUGAGGAUGGGAAAUUCUUGUCCAGCUGGAUGGUCACACUCUCCUCUUCCUUCUAUGGCCUCAAGCCUGACCUGAAACCAGAAUUCAAGGGGGUCGUGAGAAUGGACGUUAAAAUCCGGAACAUUGAUAUAAACCAGUGUGCCAGCGGACAGGGAUGGUUUGCAAACACACACCAGUGUGAUCUCAACAGCACCAAGUGUGUCCCACAGGAAAACCAGGGCUUCAUCCUCGGAAGAUACCUUUGUCCCUGUAAACCAGGUUUCUACCGGCCUAGCAGGACCUUCUCCUCAUCCUCCAGUAACAGCUGGUCUGGGAAAAGUUCCCCCCAACAUGCAGGCCAGUACGGGACAGUGGAUUCUGGGAAUUUAUUGGAGUGCCGCCCCUGUCAUGAGGGAUGUACCACCUGCAUCAACGACAUGCCAUGUCUGAUCAAAGAAGAUUGGUCUCUGCGGGCCGCCAUCCUGGCUUUCCAGGCCUUUUGUAUGCUGGCCGUCUUCCUCAGCAUGCUGAUCUCCUACCACUUCAGGAAGAGCAAGAGGAUUCGGGCUUCAGGUGUUAUUCUUCUGGAGACAAUACUGUUUGGCUCGCUCCUGCUUUACUUUCCUGUGUUUAUCCUAUAUUUCAAGCCGAGUAUCUUUCGCUGCAUCGUCCUGCGCUGGGUGCGUAUGCUGGGUUUCGCCAUUGUGUAUGGAACGAUCACUCUCAAACUGUAUAGGGUCUUAAAAGUCUUUCUCUCCCGCACGGCCCAGAGAGUCCCUUACAUGACCAGCGGGCGGGUUCUGAAGAUGCUGGCUUUGAUCCUGCUCUUGGUGCUUUGGUUCUUAGCAGCCUGGACCGUUGGAAUGUUGGAGAACAUAGAGAAGAACAUCCCACUGGUGGUCCGAUCCCAGACCACAAAUGGCCUCCAGUUCUACAUCUGCGAUCAUGACCGCUGGGACUACAUGAUGGUUGUUGCGGAGAUGCUGUUCCUGUUCUGGGGAAGUUUCCUCUGCUAUGCCACACGGACAGUCCCUUCUGCUUUCCACGAGCCACGCUACAUGGGGAUUGCUCUCCACAACGAGUUGAUCAUUUCUGCCACAUUCCACAUCGUCAGGUUUUUAAUGGUUCCCUCCCUGCAUCCAGACUGGACACUGUUGCUGUUUUUCAUUCACACACACAUCACCACUACCUUGACAUUGGCACUCCUUUUCAUCCCAAAGUUCCUGCACGUGGGAUCACCCUUGCGGGAGGAAAUUGCCGCCGAGGUGUAUGAGGAUGAGCUGGACAUGAGGCGCUCGGGCUCCUACCUGAACAGCAGCAUCACGUCAGCCUGGAGUGAGCACAGCCUUGACCCCGAUGACAUUCGGGAUGAACUGAAAAAGCUUUACACGCAACUGGAGGUUCAUAAGACGAAGAAGAUGACAGCCAACAACCCUCAUCUUCAAAAGAAGAGGAGUUCCAAGAGGGGGAUCGGCCAUUCCUUCAUGAGACGUAUCACUGAGAUCCCCGAGUCAAUGUCCCGCCGGUGCAGCAAAGAGGAGAAAGACGGGUCUGCUGGCAGAGGAAGAGGGAGUCGCUCGGGUUCCUACAAGCGGAGACACUUAGACUCUGGCAGCUCAAGCACGAAGGUGAAAGAUGACUUCCCUUCCAAGCGCAAGGUGGCCCCUUCGCUGAGGAAGUCCCACAGCACCUUUGACCACAUGAGGGACAUCAAGGAGAACUACUUACCAGCCAGGCAUGAUAGCUGCAAAGAAGCUCCUUUGCUGGAUUCGAUGAUGAGGAAAAAACUAGCCAAGAAAGCUUCCGAGAGAUCUAACAGCGACUCUCUCGAGGAUUCGGCCCCUCUGGUCUAUAAGUCGGCCAGCGCUCACAACCUGACGGCCGAUAAGAAACCUCUGCACCCCAAGCCUUCCCCUCUACAGAAGUCCCUCAGUGUUGCCACCAGCGCCAAAGAGAAGGCCUUGCUGCUCACCAGCAGAGAUUACCUAGAAGAGCAAGGCAGGCAAGCCCAUGAAAAAGAGGUGACAGCAGUGGAAGACUCCGCAACAGAAAGAGAGGCUUCCGGGCACGCCAAGUUUACCGAAGUUGCCUCAAAUCUAGCGAUGAAACCGCGACAGAGAGACGAUGCAUCUGAAGCAACUGCAGAAUCCCUUCUGGAAGACAGUGGCUCCAUCAAAGAUGGCACCUGCCUGGGGGAACCUGUCUCGGCUUCCCCCACAGCCCCACUAACGCCCUCAGAAAGCAGGAUGCAAAAGCAUGUCACGUACGCCCCCAACAGGAGCUAUAGCGAGCACAUCUCCGAUUCGGUGGGAAAGAGACACCAGGCUGGCAAGAAGACACCACCUGAGCCACCCGUCCGGCAACAAAGCUUGGGUCACAGCCUCGAAAGAAGAGACCAGAUGCCAGAUCUCACCCAGUCCUUGAGGAGAGAUUCCAAAGGGAGUCCAACAGCAGCAAAUGUACGUCCUUGGGAAUCGAUGGGGUCUCCGGCAAAGAGUGAAACCGAAAGGAGUUGGAAAAGAGAAGACGCACCGCUUCCUUCUCCCAUUGGGCUACAAAGGCUGGCCUCCAUUGCUGCAGAAGUCUGUCCUUGGGAGGUCAUGGAAGUUCCAACCAAAAAAGACCCACAAGGGACUGAGAUGGACGGUCAAAAUGACUCUCUGGAGAAACAACCCCAACAGAGCUCUGUUCCAAAAAGCUCUAUGAAAGGCUUAAGUCUGGCCAUUAAGGCAUUCAACCGGUCACGGCUAAAGGCAAGCAUGAAAGCAAGGAGAGACAGUGAAGAGAUCCCCAGAACAACUGAAAAGCCCAAACUGGCAGAAAUAGUCUCUCUGUCUCUUGGAGGGUCACCGAGGCAACAGGAAACAUCCAUAAGCCCAGAGGAGAGCAGAGCAAAGGUACCCAGCAAGCAAGCAAGCAUCUGCCCUUGGGAUGAGAAGGACAUCCCAUCCAGCCCACAGAAGAGUCCAAGCAAAGCAUAUGAAGUACGUCCUUGGGAGAUGAGCCAUGAUAGCAUCAUGCUCAGUAGAGUAAGCAGUUCAGAAGCAGUGGCUCCCAAAAGCACUGGAAAGAUCUCCCCUGUCGUGGUGGAAGAGACCGAGAGCCAGUGGGAAUCCACAUGGAGGAGCCUGGACAUGGAUCAAAAUGCAGAGGAUAAAACCUCCAAGUAUGCUUUAAUGGUUCCAAGAACAGACAAUAAGAAGGCAGCAGCAUAUCCUUGGGAAGUGGCAGAGGCCCUAGCCAGCUCCAAAAGUGAAGGACGGUCCUGGGGAAGGAGCACAGCUUUGCCAGGGGAUGAACUAAUAAAAGAUGGAUACAGGAAUGGGGCCUCUUUGAAGGAGGCUCUUCGAUCUGUAUCCCAAGAGGAAGUGAGCAGCCAGCAUGAUUCAAGGGAUACUGAGAUGAAGAAGAGCCCGGAGCUAUCUGAGGUAGACCAAAAGAAACCCAAGAGUAUGGAGAUCAAUAAGGCACAAAUCUGUCCUUGGGAAACAGAGGAGGUGAGUGCCAGUGAUAAAGCACUAAUCUGCCCGUGGGAAGUGGAGGAACCUCCCAAGGAGAUGUCUCCUAUGGAGGACGUGUUUUCCAAAGAGAACAGAAGAGCCCAACGAGCAGUGGCAAUGGAGAAAAUCAGCCGCCAAGCAGAAUCCAUUUGCCCCUGGGAGUCCAUGGAAUUACCAGCAAAACCCGAGGAUGCUAAAGGUGCAACCACUUGUAGGACGCCUGAAGAUGGAGCCAAGAUCAAAAUAGUGAUAUGUCCUUGGGAGACGAGUGAUGCUUUCUCAUGGACAGACCAGCCAGAUCAGGAUACAGGAGAGGAAUCCAAAGGAGCUGAAUGGACAAAACCCAGAAGUCCCAUAUCAGAGGAGAUCAGUGAUAAACAGGAUGAAGAGGGCAGCCGUAGAGACUCUGUUUGCCCUUGGGAAAACGUAGGAGCUGAAGAACUGAGCACUGAAAUUGCUGCUAAAAAACCAGAUCUACCCAAAGUCAUUUUGAAGGCAAGCAGCAGCGUGGAGAGUAAAAAGGCAGUGAUUUGUCCUUGGGAGGCUGAAGAUAUUGAAAUUGGCUCUAAGGCAGCAAUCUGCCCCUGGGAAGUCACUCCGGCUCCAUCAGAUAGGACUUCCAUACAUGAAAGAGGUGGAGCUUCAAAAAGGACAGGAGACAUCAUGGCUACAUCUCUAGAGAGAGAGAGCAGUCCACGAGAAUCCAUCUGUCCUUGGGAAACAAUGGACACUCACGACAUUCCAUCAGAGACCGGUGCUAAAAGUCCAGACCAAGCUAAAGUAACCUGCAAAGAAUCCAGCAGUGUUGAUAGCCUCAAGAUGGAAGUGUGUCCUUGGGAAAUCCAGGAAAUAGAUUCCAGCACUAAGGCAGAUGUGUGCCCAUGGGAGGAGCCUGAAAACUUGUUAAGUAAAAGAUCAUCUUCAAAAGGUGACAGAGCUCUUGAAAGGGAUAGGACUACCCCUCUAAAAGAAACAGAGCCUUUUAAAGCAAUGGAAAAAGCGAGCAGCCCACAAGAGUCAGUCUGUCCAUGGGAAACCAUGGAUCCCAGUGAAGUCUUCAUUAAACCAGAAGCGUCUAAAGCCUCUUUUAAAAAAUCUGAGAGUGUUGAGAGCUUAAGGGUAGAGAUUUGUCCCUGGGAAGUCACUACAAGUCCACCAGAUAAAAGUGCUUUGAGUACAAGUGACCAAGACAGCAGGUGUGCAACACCAAAACCUACGGAAAAGCUAAGCAGCCCACGAGAAGAAGUGUGUCCUUGGGAAAGCAUGGAGGUUGAGGAACCUUCCCGAUCAGGUGGUCAAAGCCCAACUUCGAGGAAAUCAGAUAGCAUUGAAAGUCUAAGGGCAGUAGUUUGUCCGUGGGAAACUUCAGAAGAGGACCUCAGUACAGUAGAUGUGCGCCCAUGGACAGCGGACAAGUCCCUCUUUGAAAAAGAAAAGUUAAGGCAUGACCCAGUUGAGACUUCCAAAGGAAAAACAGACAGGGCAUUGAGAAGCCCUGGUGCAAAGAAGGCUGGGAGAGAAACUGCUUUUAAGAAGAUAGAGAAGUCCAAAAGCCACCAAGAGACAGUUUGUGCAUGGGGGAGUAUGGACUUUGAGAAACCACCUGCCAAAAGCACCCGAAGUUUAGAUCUGUUGUUCAUUAGUUACAAAAAAACCGACAGUACCGAGAGCUUAAAAGCGGAGAUUUGCCCAUGGGAAUUCCAGGAGAUUCAUACAAAAGCUGAAAUAUGUCCAUGGGAGGUAUAUGAAGGACCACCAGAGUCAAACACCUUGAGAAAGGAUGAAGGCAGGAGUUCUACAGAUGAAACAAACACCACCAGACCAAUGGGAUGGUGGAAGACCAUGGAGAAAAUGGGCAGCCCACAAGAAUCCAUUUCUCCUUGGGAUAGCAUAGAAUUGCAGAGCAGCAGAAGCCCAGACCAGUCCAAAGCUGGGUCUAGCAAAUCAGACAGUGCUGAAAGCUUGAGGGCAGAAGUAUGCCCUUGGGAAGAAGAGCCUGACAGUAAAAUGCUCGUCUCAAAAAUAGAGCCAGUGCUAAUCACUCAAGUGGUAUUAAAACAAGAUAGAAGCAGAGCUAAAGGCAAAAGAUUGAGUAUCCGCCCAGACUGGAAGAAUGCUGGGGGACCAAGUCCAUCUAGAAAGAUGGGGAAGGCUCACAGCCAUCAAGAGUUAGCUUACAAGAGUACUGAAGAACUCUCUAUAAAACAAAGCAGUAAAAGCUUCGAUCUGUCCAAGGUUGGAUCCCAAAAAUCUGACAGCGUGGAAAGUCUGAGAGCCGAGAUCUGUCCUUGGGAAUCCCAAGAGUUUGAAUCGAUCACCAAAAUGGAAGAGUUCCCCUGGGAGCCAGCUGAUGUUCCCUUAGAGAAGAAGUUAUCAAGGAAAGUUGUUAGCAGGACCUCCCUGGGAGAUACCAAAGCCCUGGAGAAACACCAAAGAAAAGGCCCUGGAGAUACACCAAAAGUCUUGGCAUCAAGCUAUUCAGCUAGUAAUUUGAUGAAGAAUUCUGACAGUUCUGAGAGCAGGAGGACAGAAAUUUGUCCUUGGGAAGCAGAAACUCCAGAAGUAUCUAUUAAGGAGGAGAUCUGUCCAUGGGAAACAGGAACUGGCUUAGUCACUGAAACUAAAAAACAGGCAACAUGCAUCGAUGAGACAGAGACACCACCAGUCGAGGAGAAGACAAGCCAAAGCAAGCCUGAGGGUCUGGCUAGACACAGACCUUUGUGCCGCACCUACCCAGAGAGCAGCCUACCAAAAGGCAUAAGCAAAGGCAGAAGUCCGCGGGCCACUGCUGCAGCGAGAACUGGGAGCGACAGCGCCAUGACUGAAAUCUGUCCCUGGAAUGACCCUGUCAUCGUCAGAAAAGACUCUGUGAUCAUCAGCAAAGCUUUCUCCGAGGCGUCUCUGUGGGGAGCAGGACGUGGUCAAAAAGGGGAGAAACCCCAGGCCAGGGAGGCGAGGAGUCCUAGGCAAGCCAAAUCGGUUGCUUGUCCUUGGGACUCCGACUGAACUGGAGAGAACAAAGAAUUUGCUUAGAGUUCCAAGAGAAGCUUCUGCAAAGAAUCGCUCCAUAUGCCAUGUUGAACUCAUCCAGCAUAGCCUACGGCCUGGAUUUCAACAAAGACAUCUGUUUGUGGUGACUCUGGUGAUGGCGGCCUCUGUAUUUUUUUUUUUUAAUAAUGGGGAACCACCAAUUUGAUGUUGGAGUGGCCACCAGAGCAAAGUGGUACCUUCCUGCCUUCAUUUUCCGAAAAACCAAGCUAGCUGCAAGACACUGCAUAUUCUG